CCGCAAUUUCUUGGUAGGUCGGAGCUAAAAUAAAAAAGCCCCCCCAACAAGCUCAGUUGCUUUCCAAACGGAUCACUUGUCUCUUCCUUCCCUUUCGACCUCCCUCACACUUACCGCUCGGUGUAUUCGACUCCUCGCUCUACGGGCAAUAGCAAGGCAAACACGCAAUGGAAGAACUUCACGACGUACAGUUGACUGAGAUCAAACCUCUGUUGACAACACAGAAUGGCACAAACCUACAGGAUUUCAACUGUCAGGAAUAUGACAUAGAGACAACUCACUGUGUACUGCAUGUCACCAUGAGAGGCAUCGCGAAGGGCAACCGACCCACGAUCCUCACCUACCAUGAUGUUGGACUGAACCAUAAGUCUUGCUUUAACAGCCUUUUCAACUAUGAGGAUAUGCAGGAAGUGACUCAACACUUCUCAGUAUUGCACGUGGACGCUCCCGGACAACAGGAGAACGCACCCACGUACCCCAAUGGGUACCAGUAUCCAUCUAUGGAUGAGCUGGCUUCCAUGCUGCCUUCUGUGCUUACGCAGCUUCAGAUAAAGAGCGUGAUUGGUAUUGGGGUUGGUGCUGGAGCCUACAUCCUCACCAAACUGGCUCUGAAUGAACCAAGUCUUGUGGAAGGUUUAGUUUUGAUCAAUAUUGAUCCCUGCGCCAAGGGCUGGAUGGACUGGGCCGUUUCCAAGCUGAGCGGCUGGACUAGCAAUCUAGUGGACAUCAUCAUGGCACACCACUUCAGCACGGAUGAGUUAACAGAGAACAAAGAGCUCAUCCAGACUUACAGGCUACACAUCUCUCGGGACAUUCCAUUGGACAACUUGGCCUUGUUUUACUGCAGUUAUGACAGCCGAGCUGAGUUGCAGAUGGAGCGUCCAAUGCUUGUUUUGAACGAAGAAACAGUCAACACACUCAGGUGUCCUGCCCUGCUGGUAGUUGGAGACACUUCACCUGCUGUCGAUGCUGUGGUGGAAUGUAAUUCGAGACUAAACCCCACCAAAACCACCUUGCUCAAGAUGGCAGACUGUGGAGGACUUCCUCAAGUGGUGCAGCCUGGAAAACUGUCAGAGGCCUUCAAGUAUUUUGUGCAGGGAAUGGGCUACAUGCCUACGGCUGGCAUGACCCGCUUGGUUCGCUCAAGGACUCACUCGGCUUCGAGCGUAGGCUCUGGCGACAGCGUUCGAACUCGCAGUUCAACCAACACACUCCCAGAGGGUGGUGCGCCAAUCAGCCCCUAACCACCACUCUCCUAUUCUCCAUUUCAGCGCCGAUUAUAAAUUUCCACAGGGAAAUAACAUUGCUGUUUAGUCUCAUUGUCAUUCGCGUCCCUAUCCCGUUCGUCGAGCGAGUUCUCCGAAUGAAGCGAAGGCAGACGUCUUCUUUCGCUCCCUCCCUACAGUCCUGCGCUCGCGGUGGUGAUGCUGUAGAUGGCGUUCACGUGAGGUGUUUUUUGGAUUGUAUGGUAACUUCAUUUUGGUGCCAAUGGAUUUUUUUUAUUUUGCCGUCGUGAAUCCGUUCUUGGAAUUGCUGUUAUUUUUCUUGCGAUUUGUCUUUAGGAGGUAUAGAGCACAGUGACAGUCUAUAUUUUAGGGCAGUGAUUCCCAAUUUUUAUUGAACUACUGUACUGUAUUUUACAUCAAGGGAAAAAAAUAUUGGCACACCAACAUAUUUAUUAGUACAGUGUGGUACGGGUAUCACCAGAUUGACUAAAUUAAAUGUUCAAACAAUCAUUAAUCCGGUACAGUUCAUUUAAAGUUGUAGAACAGUGCAUUUUCAAAUAUUUUGACCCAACCUCUGAACGUAAUAUCAUUUUUCUUAAUCCUAAAGUACAUUUAAAUUUAAUUUUAAAAAAUUAAAAUAUUUAACAUAUGGGCUUGGUACACUACUAUAUUUUAAUGUUAGGGAUGAUAAAGGUACUCUAGAAAGCCAAGUACUUCUUUCUGCCACCCAUUCCUGUUCAAAUGGAUUGGACUAGUCAUUAAUGGCAGCCAAUGAGUUGACUUUAAUAAUUUUAUGUGUCAAUUCAUACACACAGAGUACAUUAUUUAAGUGUGGCCUAAUUCUAAAAUACAUUGGUCUUAGAGGUACAACAAAUAAUCGAUAUCCAAUCGAUUAGCAAUUAAAUCGACAACUAUUUUGAUAACCAGUUAAUCAGUUAGGACCUUUUUCAGCCUAAAUUUGUCCAAAUUCUUGAAAUUAUUACAUAAAACUUAAGUUGUAAAUAUCAGAUUUCUUCAUAUUCUCAUUAAGUAGGACAGGAACAAAAAUCUGCUAUUACUUUGGAAAACAAUUCACAUUUUUGCCAAUUUUCAGACAUCUUACUGUCUAAACUUCUUAAUAUGGCUGCAACAACUAAUCGACUAAAUCGAUUAAUUAGUUGCCAAUGAAUUUGAUAAUCGAUAGUUGUGGACCCCAGUUAAGUCAGGAAGCUUUAAUAAAAUAUUUUUGAAGGAAAUAGUCAUACAUUUUGUCUUCAUUGUUACUUGCAGUAUGCCUACAACAAUUUCAAGGUAAAUUGUGAAGCUAAUUGAAAAAUGUGACAUUUACCCGAUUAAUCGUUCAAUUAAGUUGCAGCCCUAAUAUGAUUUUUAAUUCUUUCCUGCUUGUAUAACCUUUUUUUUUUGCUAUUAUGUUGUGUGAGGUGGUGCUAGCAUGGCUAAAACUAUAUCCCCCUCCCAACUUUUGAAAUGUUUGGACAAAGCCAGGCAUGCUCCCAGUGGACUUUUGGCAUGAAAAUGGUCCAGUGUUUACCGUCUCGUAAGUUGUUCAGCCGUUGAUAACUAAAGGAUUGGACACCAAAGGCUAUCAAGUUACACAGCGCGAGUGAUGGAUUAUUUUUGAAUUUUGGUAUUGACUGGAUAACGUAGUUUGCCAGAAUUUGUCAAACUUUAUUGAGCGAAAACAUGUUGCAUAACAAAUACACAAUAUGUUACUGAUAAAGAGGAAUAAAGUGAAAUCUGAUUCUUUGCCACACUUGAUGGAAUCAUUUGUUUACCAGUUUUGCUGUUAGGCUUCCCAGUGGAAUGUGGGAGGUGUCCAAAGUUUUAAUUUAUUUGUAGUGUGUAAAUGUGGCUUUGUUACAACUUGGAACAUUUGUACUGAAGCUUUCCGAAUGAAAUAUUUGGAAUAAAAUGAAAUGAAAUGUGAAGAGCAACUUGUGUC